CGAAAAUUUCUUCUUUUUGUUUUGGAAAAUUUUCUCCAUCAAGCAGCAAUUUUCACUAAAAAAUUUCCUUUUGUGUGAUAAACCCUAAUUGGCCGAGUUUCAAUAUUAAAAUAAAACGAUUCAAAUUAACCAGAAACCAAGAAAAUUUCUAGAAUUUUCUGGUAAGAGGCACAACGAAAUUGAAAGCAAAACAAAUAUCAAAAACAAAACAAACUGAAAACAAAAAUGAAGCUAAAGGAGCCAUGCAAAAUCCCAGCCGAAGAGAAUGACCUGUUCAAGGAGGCUCAUCGGGCCAUCGAAGAGAAUGGUGUUGUGAAUGACGAAGAGGAUCCUGAAGAGUUUGAGGAAGUUAAUGGGCAAUUAGAUUUUUUGAAUGCAUUAAAUUAUGCACACGAUGUUGAGGCGAACGCUGAUGGUGGUGACGAAAAUGAAAUGUCCUCCGAUGAAAAUGCCGAAGAAGAUGAAUAUUGUCCCGUCCCCCAGCCGCAGGGUUUUAUCGAUACGGAAUCCCAAGACCCAGUGUCCCCAUUCGGCUGUGGCUCCGAUAUGUGUCCAGUGUGCAGUCGCCUGUAACAGGAAACUCCAAAUUCCAAACUCAUCUGAUCACUUUCUUUGGGAUUAUCACGACAAAAUCCCAGAAUUAAUAAAACUUUUGCCAAAACUCAAAAA